ACUUCAUACUGUGAUUGGAUCGGUGUCACUUGUAGCGGUAGGCACCAAAGAGUGACCCAAUUGAACCUCUUCAAUAUGGGUCUCAACGGCACCAUUCCUGAGGUGAUUGGUGGCCUCUCAUUCCUUACAACUUUCAACAUCAGCAGCAAUAGUUUCCAUGGCCAAAUCCCAGAAAGCAUUGGAUUCUUGACCAAACUCCAGAGUUUGGAUCUUUCCUACAACAAUCUCACUAGAAACAUCCCCUCAACUAUAUACAAUAUUUCUUCCUUGCGAUUUGUAGCCAUGAAUUACAAUAGUCUCUCAGGGAUGCUUCCGGCUGGCAUUUGUGAUAACUGCAGGCAGCUACAAAGCUUGUCUCUCAGAUCAAAUCGAUUGAGUGGUCAGAUUCCAUCAAGUCUACACAAAUGUACGGAACUAAAAGUUUUGAAUUUAGGAGAGAAUGAAUUUCAUGGAAGCAUACCACCAGAAAUUGGCAACUUUUCCAAGCUUGAGUGGUUAAAACUAUAUGGUAACAAUUUGACAGGAGAUUUGCCUUGGACAAUCUUCAAUAUUUCAUCUUUAACAGUACUCAACCUUCAGAUGAAUGAACUCUCUGGAAUUCUGCCAAAUGACCCUUGUUAUCUCCUUCCACAAUUGGAGAUUCUGGCGAUUGCCGUAAACCAUAUUCAUGGAGAAAUCCCUCAAGCUCUAUCCGGUUGCAGGAAACUUCAAGUACUUACCAUGUCUGAAAAUGAACUCUCUGGAAGAUUACCUAGCGACAUCUGGAACGUGUCAUCUCUUCGAAAACUUUAUCUUGCAAAAAUAAACUUGACAGGUAAAUUCAGCAAAUUUCAUGAAAUUGUGAUUUAGGGAAUUUUAUAAAAUAGUGAGGUUAGGGGCAGUGAAGCGCCCCAAGUAGGCCGUUUGGCCUCCAAGUAGAAAUUUUGGAAGGAAUGGUGGGUUAGAGUGGUGCAAUUGGAGCACUGAAACAUCCUAACUCAAAUGAGUCUGAAUGUAAUGAGAAUGGUUGGAUCGGGGCAAAUUAUA